UCUUGUAGAACGCUGGGGGGAUCCAGGAGAAGUAAAGGUUGAGAACCACUGUGAUAAAUAGAAAGAAAUGAAAGGCAUUAUACAAAAUACAAAACUACAGAGACAGACAGAGCUGCGCCAGCCAUGAUGGGUACCUGUGGAUCUGAUGCCCAUUUCUCACUUUGUCUCCAGCCUGCACUGAAGUUGAUAACUUCUGUUGGGAGCCGCAAUGCGUCUUCACCCGUCUGAAACCCCUCAACUACACAAUUUGUUAUUGCAACUCAGAUCUGUGCAACUCAAACAUUUCCAAGAUGAUGACAGAUUCCGCCAGUGAGUUGCAGGUUACAGAUGGGCUGAAGGUGCUCAUAGGUUUGCUGUGUCUGCUGAUGAUCCUUGUGAUUGCCCUAAUUCUGUGGACGCUGCAUGUUAAGCGAAACACUCCUUCACCUUUCUGUUUUGGACCCUUCCGGUGCCUCUUAGAUUUUGUCCUUGCAGGAGGAACUACCAGUGCAGAUGAAUCCUCAUCCCAGAUGCUCCCAGCUCUUCAGCAGGUAAAAGUGGACACAAUGCAGCUGUCUGGAUUAUCGCAGGAUGAAGCCCUGGACAGACACCACCUGGACCUCAGCAGCCUGGAGCUGGAUCAGGUCAUCAACAAUGGGCGCUUUGCCACCUUGUGGAAGGGCUCCCUGGACAGCACAGCUGUGGUGCUGAAGAUUUACCCAUCAAGUGCCUGGCGCCCCUACAACAAUGAGACAGAAGUUUACAAACUGCUGCUUUGGGAACACAGCAAUGUGGCAAAGUUCCUCGGGAUGGCGCAGAGACAGGACAGUGGAGAGCUGCUGCUGGCCCUGCAGUUUGAGGAAAAUGGCUCCAUGAAGUCCUUCCUGUCACAGAACUGCAACAAUUGGGCUGACACAGUGAAAAUGCUCCUGUCACUUUGCCAAGGCCUGGCCUUCCUUCACACGGAGAUCCACCGAGACGGUUUGUACAAGCCGGCCAUAGCCCACCGGGAUCUGAGCAGCACAAAUGUGGUGGUCAAGGCUGACCGAACCUGCGCCCUCUCCGAUUUUGAGUCGGCAGCCAUACUCUACCCUCGUGCUGCAGCCAAGGACGGACUGAAUGUGACAAACCUGCACGAGGUGUGUACACAGGUAGGAACACCACGGUACAUGUCUCCGGAGAUCCUGGAUGGAACGCUGAACUUUCAGGAUCCUUCGUCUUCACUGAAGCAGGCAGACGUCUACUCUCUGGCUCUACUACUCUGGGAAAUCAGUACGAGAUGCACUGACCUUUACUCAGAUGGCUUGGUGCCAGAAUACAGAAUGGCGUACGAGAAAGAGUUGGGCGCCAACCCUUCCCUUGAUGAGCUCAUUUCACUGGUGUUGGACCGAGAGAGGCCUGUUGUGCCGGUGGUCUGGAAGGAGACAUUCCUGGGAUUUUCCAGCUUGAAGGAGGUCCUAGAGGAUUGCUGGGAUCACGACCCCGAGGCUAGGCUGACCGCCCACUGUGUAGAGGACAGAUUGAGAGCACUGACAGCUAACUAUCCAAAACCUUCAGGCAUAUGCAUAAGGCUGACCAUUGUGAAGGCUCCCAGACAGGCUGGUGCUGCAGGUCAACACGAGAGAAGCAACACCUGGGGGCAUAGCAGCACCUCAACAGAACUCCAUUACUCAGCCUGUUAAGAAACUCACCUUGAGUGGCAACAGAACACCAGCAAGUGUGAUAACAGAGGACACCGGGGAAUCUAGAUUGAGUGGCAUCAGAGAAAGACAAUGGAUUUUGUUUUAAAUGUCAUCUGGGUCCACCAAAGGAAAGAACCUGAAUGACAGUAGAGGUCAUUGUGGAUCUCACAUUAGCACACAGCAGGAACUUGUCAGUUCCUCUUUUUCAGAGCUACAAUUGCUGUCGGUUUUCAUUUUCACUGUAGUCAUAGUUAGACCCUAUUUGUGUCUUGAACUGUAGUCAUUUCUUAAUAAAUACCUUCAUCUGCCAUUUGUUAUUUCUUUCUUGUUCAUCCAACGAACAUGCAACA